UGGAUAGCGGUGGCCAACCAAGAAACAUUCGAUUACAACAUGGCUCAGGUGCCGGCAGAAGCGCAAACGGAAGCGUUGGUAACCCUUCCGGAUGAGCCUGAAAAAGGGAUGGCUGACGGUGCAGCUACGCAGACGAGCAAGCGGGCGACAUCUUCGUCACCGCCACUUUCAGCGACGGCACCGUCGAAUGCGUUUAUCUGUGGUGUAGUGGAAGGAUUUUAUGGGCGCCCGUGGACUACGGAACAGCGGAAGGAUCUGUUCCGUAAGCUGAAACGCUGGGGCAUGGAUGCGUACAUCUACGCCCCGAAGGACGAUUACAAGCACCGUGCAUACUGGCGAGAUCUGUACACUGUGGAGGAAGCGGACCACCUGACCGGCUUGAUAACGGCGGCCCACGAACAAAACAUCAACUUCUACUACGCCCUCUCACCGGGGCUUGACAUCACGUACAGUAGCGCCAAGGAAGUGGCCGCUCUCAAGCGGAAGCUGGACCAGGUGUCGCAGUUUGGUUGCAAAGCGUUCGCCCUACUGUUUGAUGACAUCGAACCGGAAAUGUCGAAACCGGAUAAGGAGGUGUUCCAGAGCUUCGCGUACGCCCAGGUUUCCGUGACGAACGAGAUCUUUAACCACCUCAACUGUCCACGGUUCCUGUUCUGCCCGACGCAGUACUGCAGCACGCGGGCCGUGCCGACGGUGAAGCAGUCGGAGUAUCUGAACACGCUCGGUACGAAGCUGGUGAAAGAGAUCGACGUUCUGUGGACGGGCCCCAAGGUAAUUUCGAAGGUAUUAACGGUCGAGUGCAUCGAGGAGAUAACGGAAGUCCUCCAUCGGCCACCUGUCAUCUGGGACAAUCUGCACGCGAACGAUUACGACCAGAAGCGCGUGUUUCUGGGCCCGUACAGUGGCCGGUCUCCCGAGUUGAUUCCGUUGCUGCGGGGCGUCGUCACGAAUCCGAACUGCGAGUUCCAUGCGAACGCGAUCGCCAUCCAGACGCUGGCCUACUGGAGUAAGUGUAGUGCCGAUACGAGUCGCAUCGGGAGCACGGCCUCGGAGCACGACAUCAAGCUAGAGAUGGAGAACGAGGACGGUAUCUGCCAGGGUGAAGCGCCCGCUUUUCUGUCGAAAAACAUUUACCAUCCGCGGUUGGCACUGAAGAAUGCCAUCGCCAACUGGCUGCCGGAGUUUUUCCAAGAAAAAGAAGCCUGGGGACCGAUAACGAAACCGCAACCGGCAGUCACCAUGGUGAUGCCCAUUAUUCCCAUCAUACCGUCGGUCAACACGUGCAUGACGCUAACCUCGACCAGCACGACGACCACGACGACGGCCACCGCUUUGCCCGCGAUGCCGGAAGUGAACACCAACCAGCUGCAACUGUUUGCUGACGUGUGCAGUUCCGUUACGAAUGUGGCCGAAGCACUGCCCAAUCCGAUCAUGAACUCGCUCGUUUCGGCCACGAAGGUAGUCACCAACGAAUCUCUUCCGAAUCCGGUUGCUUCUGUCGUCAGCAAUCUGGCACUUCCGCCAACGAUUCCCAUCUCGAGCAUUUCGGUACCGUUACUUGCCGGCAUCAAACCAUCCGAUCAAUCGCCGGUCGAUGGUGACGCGGAAGGUAGAUCGAUCGCCGCAAAGAGUGCGGUAGAAGGUGAUGCUGUGAUACGGGGCUCGGACGGAAACUCGGAUUGUGGGCGACCACCGAUCGACACGUUGGAUGAGAACGAGGUAAAAAUGGUGGAUGCGAGUGAGGAAGCGGAUGGAGAUGAUCGGAUGACGGUGAGCGAAGAGCAGUCGGUCAACCAUCACGGCGGUGCACCUGACCAGCAGCACUUGGCCGAGCCUUUACCACCUCCACCAGUUAUCGAUCGAGAGAUGCUCGAAACGGACGAUAAGCGUGGGCCCGAGGUGGAACGGGCUGGUAAUGGGGUGCAACCGGAACCGAUGGAAUGUGGAAGCAAUCUUACUUCUCCGAAACAUCUGCUUAAGACGCACUUUGACGAUGUAAUAAUGUCCGAAACGACGUCGACUUGCUCGGGAACGAUGCAGGUGGAAAGCUCGGACACAUCGCUGGAAAUGGCUGAAGAUAACAAAAAUGGCCCCGACAAGGAAAUAACUGCCGCGGACAUAAUGCUGCUCUGUGAUCUAUUCUAUCUGCCAUUCGAGCACGGCUCGAAAGCGUUGCAGCUGCUCACGGAGUUUCAUUGGCUGCGUAAUAAUGCGUACGUGAUUUGUCGGCGUGCCCGGCGCAAACUGAGCACUAAAGCGCCGGCUUCGGCCGAUCGCAACGAUCACACGGUACUAGAAGACGCAGACAUCACAGAAGCCCCCACGAACAAUGGAUCCGACGGUGGUGGCCGCGAUCUGAGCAAGUGUGACGACGCCCAGGAGUGGCUGCGCCGCUCGGAGUCAUUCCACAACCUCUGCCAUGCGAUCUUCGCACUAUCGGGCAAGAUUGCGCGCUGCGCGAACAAGGAACUAUGUUACGAUCUGUUUUCAUACGUUUGGGACGUGGGCGCUGUUCUUUCACUGCUGAGCGGGCUGGUUCGGUGGCUUUCCCUUGGCCACUUUCCUCCCAACGUUAGUUCCUUUACGCAGGGCGGUUACACAUGGUUCAGCAAGGGAUGGAAGGAAACGUUUAUGUCGGGCGAUCAGGAACCGUGGGUAUUUCGCGGUGGCCUGGUAGCGGAUCUGCAGCGCCUUGUGCCGCUCGAUGCCGGGAACGAUCUGUUUCUUUACAAAACACCCGAAACGUCAGCCAUUACGCUCUACACGAUCCGACCGUACGCGUUUGCCGAUGAACUGCCACUGUACACAAUCUGCCACCGGACGGCACACGAUGGGGACGCGCUAGUAGAGCGGCCCACGGAAGGACCACUUGAGCAGGUGAUAGCGGAUCGGUACCUCGGCCCAUUUCUCACGAUGACUCCCGAGCUGUGCCUGGUGCUGGAAGAUCCGAACGGCCAGGCGGUCGGUUAUGCGUGCGCUGUGCUCGACACGCAAUCCUUUCUGCGCAAUAUGGAACAGUGUUGGGUACCAGAGAUGUGUCUAAAGUACCCGCUCGAUCUGAUCGUGGAAAGCGACGUUGCGGCUCGCGGCUCGCCCACGUCAUCAUCGUCACUCGAACCAAAUGCCGACGGUUCGCCAGCCCAAGCACAACCUUCCACCGAGGGACGGGGCGAGCGUACGAAGCGCAUGAUCCGUGAGAGUAUCCGUUACUUCCAUCACUUCCAGAACGACUACCCGUCGACGGUACUUGCCACGCAUCCGUCCCUGUUGUGCUGUCGCAUGCUGAAGGAGCAUUUGUUGGAAGACGAAACGGCGUGCAAGCGGCUCGUAACGGUCCUUCUGGCGGCCCUGCGCUGCAACGGUGCCACAUACGGUGUGCACGUGUGCAUCGAUCGGAGCGAUCGGUUUCUGUGCCAGUUCUACCAGAAGCUGGGCUUUGUCGAGAUCUAUGCGAGCGAGAUCGAUACGAGCGUUUACAUGGGCCGUAACUUCUGAUCAGCACCCGAGCGUCCCGAGCUUGCCGCCGGCCUGUCUUUUGCCACUGGCUGAUCCGUCUGAUAGGUUUAAUAAUACACUCUCGCAUUUUCCCUUCCAUUAGAGCUCCGGUAUUCUUAUCCAGCAUUAUGUUCCGU